AUGUUUGCCUCAAGGACAGUUCAUCCCGCUAAGUCGCUUUUCCGACGCGCUGCUGCUCAACCUUCUUUCGCCCGCUCCUCGGCUGCGGCAAGAUCUUUCGCAACAGUCCAGCAGGAUAUUUUCAAGCCCACGAAAUAUGGUGGCAAGUACACCGUGACGCUUAUUCCAGGUGAUGGUAUUGGUGCUGAAGUCGCGGAGUCAGUCAAGACUAUCUUCAAGGCCGACAAUGUGCCCAUUGAGUGGGAACAAGUUGAUGUAAGCGGAGUGGACACCGGCAACAAGCAUUCUGAAGAACUAUUCAAAGAGUCCAUUGCUUCCCUUCGACGAAACAAGCUCGGCCUGAAGGGUAUCCUUUUCACUCCGGUUGAGCGCUCCGGCCACCAGUCAUUCAACGUUGCUCUUCGACAGGAACUUGAUAUCUUUGCUUCCGUCGUGCUUAUCAAGAACAUCCCCGGCUAUCAGACUCGCCACAACAAUGUCGACCUCUGUAUCAUCCGUGAAAACACUGAGGGUGAAUACUCUGGCCUUGAGCACCAGUCUGUCCAGGGAGUUGUCGAGUCAUUGAAGAUUAUCACUCGCGCUAAAUCUGAGCGUAUCGCCAAGUUCGCUUUCAGCUUCGCGCUUGCCAACAACAGGAAGAAGGUCACUUGUAUCCACAAGGCGAACAUCAUGAAGCUUGCGGACGGUCUGUUCCGCAGCACUUUUCACAAGACUGCUGAGAACUACCCCACUUUGGAAGUCAACGAUAUGAUUGUCGACAAUGCUUCUAUGCAGGCUGUCUCUAGACCUCAGCAGUUCGACGUGAUGGUCAUGCCCAAUUUGUACGGCGGUAUUCUUUCCAACAUUGGCGCCGCCCUCGUUGGCGGACCCGGUGUUGUUCCCGGAUGCAACAUGGGACGCGAUGUUGCCGUCUUCGAGCCUGGUUGCCGUCACGUUGGUCUCGAUAUCAAAGGAAAAGACCAGGCCAACCCUAGCGCCAUGAUUCUGUCUGGAUCCAUGCUUCUCCGCCACCUCGGGCUGGAUGACCACGCCAACCGCAUCUCCAAGGCUGUCUACGACGUGAUUGGUGAAGGCCAAACGCGAACCCGUGACAUGGGCGGUCAGGCUUCCACUCAUGAGUUCACCCGUGCCGUCCUUGACAAGAUGGAGGCGGCUCUGUAA